AUGCACUUCUCAAACCUCGCCCUCAUCUGUGUGGCUGCCGUCGCAUCGGUAUCAGGGUAUGAUGUACCACCUCGCCCGAGUAUCGCCCCGUUUCCGAAGGCUCCCGGCCGAGCGUUGCCAGUCAGCCCAGCAAGAGACCCCUCCAAAGUCUGCAUCGUCUGCCCCAAGGCCGGAGGCGACUCGGCUGCUGCAAUUCUGAAAGCUGCGCACGAUUGCAACGAUGGCGGCACCGUCGUCUUCAUGCCCAAUGCGACGUACACCAUAUCCAGCCGUGUCGACUUGACGUUCUUGAAGCACAUCGACUUUGCGAUCCUUGGAACCAUUGUCUUCAAUGAUGACGUGAAGUACUGGCAAACGAACACGUUUGCAUACCGUUACCAGAACGUCAACCUCAUGUGGCGAUUCGGCGGUGAAGACGUCAACAUCUAUGGGCUUGGGCAGGGAACCAUCGACGGUCUCGGACAAACGUGGUGGAAUGCUCUUGCUGGCAACUCAACCGUCAUCAGACCUCUGCUCCUUGGCACCGACGGCCUGAAGGGCGGGUCGAUCACCGGCCUUAAAAUGAUCAACUCUCCCAACUGGUUCAACAUCAUUGCCAAUUCUUCCGACAUCUUGAUCUCCGACAUGGACCUCUCGGUUGUUGUAACAAACAGUACAUCCCCCGCAAAGAAUACCGACGGUUGGGAUACCUAUCGCAGUGACAACAUUGUUAUCCAGAACUCCGUAAUUGAUAAUACCGACGACUGUGUGUCCUUUAAACCCAAUUCCACCGAGGUCCUUGUGCAGGGUCUAGUUUGUAAUGGAUCGCAUGGCAUCUCCGUCGGCAGCCUCGGCCAAUACCAAGGUCAAGUCGACAUAAUUGAGGAUCUAUACAUCUACAACAUCUCCAUGUCAAACGCGUCUGAUGGUGCCCGCAUCAAGAUCUGGCCCGGCGUUCCGCCCAACACCACAGGGUCCGAAGCGGGAGGUGGGCUUGGCCAUGUGAGGAACGUGACGUACGAGAAAUAUCAUAAUGUCAAUAACGACUGGGCCAUUCAACUGACCCAGUGUUACUUUGCCGCAAGCGAUGAAGCAUGCCAGCAAUACCCAGCCACUCUUGUCAUUGAAGACAUCUUGUUCAAAGACUUCACAGGGACCACGUCGAAAAAGAACGACCCCCGAGUUGGCUCGCUCAUCUGCAGUGACCCUUCAGUUUGCAAAAACAUCCAGGCUCACAACAUAAACGUCUCACCCCCGAGCGGCAAAGACCCGAAGUGGACGUGCACCAACAUGGAUAACUCACUUUUGGACAUUGAUUGCGUUUGA